CUCGCUGCACGACAUCGCGUUGACACGAAUGCGCCAUGUAUCGAAAAUUCUUGUACUGUGAGAAUAUUCAGUCAAGCUACAGGGAGACACCAAUCCGCCAUAAGCAAUGCUGUAUCAGCACAACCUCAUGCAAACCCUCCACGAGCUGAACAUUACUUCAAUCUCGAUUUUGCUUCUGUAGGGAGAUGUAUCUCCACUUUCAACGACAUUUCAAUCUUGUUCUACAUGUAAUUGAUUCCGGUCUUUCUGCAAUUUGCGUGUGCAGCUGACACGAUCAUGCCGGAACUGCUAGGCCUCGUCGCGAGUGUCAUUCAGGUCGCUGGCGCAGGAUUCCAGCUGUCUAAGACGUUAUUCGACUUGAGUUCUUGCGCAGCCACGUCGACAAAUCGGCUCUUUAUGCAGGUUCUCACUCAUGCACAUCAAGUUGCAUCAAGGAAACUGGAUCGUGCUGCGGAAGCUUGUCAAUAUAAAGAGAUCAAGCAGCUACUGGAAAAGAAGGAUCAGUCAACUCAGAAACACGAGGAGCUGCUGCGCAAGGACAGCGCAAGUGAAGACAGCACUCUCGUUCAUAAUGACGACCUUAGGAGAGACAUUGGCCAAAGUGUAACUUCAGGUCCCGUAACAACUGCGUCGGUUGUCAACUCAACCAUUACCGCUCAGAGAUUUGCAACAUGUGUGAAUCACGUCCGUAGCUUUUUGAGGGAUAUCGAGGUGCUACAGAAGGCUCUCGCUUCGAGUGCACCCGGCGACGAUCAUUCAAAGCACCAUCAGAGUCUUGUGGAUUCAUACUUCCACACCCGCGGCUGUCUUGAUCAAGUAGUACUAGGCAGCUCGAAGCCUAAGACAUCUGCACCAGCGCCUAGCUCAGCCGUAUAUGCGGCUACCAGCCCUCGCUACUCGCCUACAUCGCCCAUGUACUCAUCAUACCCUCAUAUCAGCGAACACGUUCCCGCUGGUAGCUCUGUGUAUGCGAUGUCAACCAACACUGGUAACGAACCUGAGAAUAAGAACCCAAUGAAUGCAAGGUUCAAAGAUCUUGUUGGCUCGAAACGGAAGAGCAGUUCACAUGGACCUACUGCAACGCCAUCUGUGCCGUUCGGCUCGUCGAGUUCAGGAUCCAAGCUGGGCAGAUAA